UAAAGAUUCUUGUACAGUGUUUAGUCAUGCGGGAGAGACACAGAAGCAUUCACAGAGGAAUAGGCUGCUCUUUGUGUCACUCUGUAGUUUCUCCCCACAUUCCCUCCUCUUUGCAGUUUAGAAAAGACUUUUCCUUUGCAAGUAUGACUGCUUCACGAGUGGUGUUGGGAUCUUUACUGAUUCUUUUGCUUUUUCAAUUUGCAAACAUCAAGAAGACAAGUUGUAGCUCAGAGCCAAGAGCCCAGAUUCCACACAGGAACACUACUGCAAUAGGAAAUGUUUACCAUGGUAUAGACAAACAGGUGAAAGCAAGAGCCAAAAGAGGCUCACAAGGUGCAGAGCCUAGAGAAGAUGCCAGGAUGUUAGGAUACCCUAGGCUCAUCAAGGCUCCAACCACUGGGGCACCUGAUGUACACCGCAUGCAUAAUGAUUCAUCACUUUCAAGCACCUGGAGACCAAAGCUGGCAAACUCUCUGUACCCACUAGGUGAAAAUUCCAUCAGUGCAUAUGGAGUGCUUCUGCUGUCUCUUGUUGUGUUUGCCGUGGGCAUUGUGGCCAAUCUAUCCAUCAUGUGCAUAGUGUGGCACAGUAUGUCUAUGAAGAGCGCUUGGGACUCCAUCCUGGCUGGUAUAGCACUCUGGGACUUCCUGCUCCUCUUCUUCUGUUUGCCUGUGGUUGUCUUCCAAGAGAUCACAACCCGCAGGCUUCUUGGGGUACUUUCCUGUCGCAUUGUACCUUAUAUGGAGGUUUCGUCUCUUGGUGUCUCUACAUUCUCCUUAUGUGCCCUGGGUAUAGAUCGCUUCCAAUCUAUAACUUCUUCCCAACUGACUUCAAGACCGGUGGAACAGUGUCAGUCUAUCCUGGGAAAGGUGUCUGUUAUCUGGAUUGGCUCCCUGAUACUUGCUCUUCCAGAGAUCCUCUUGUGGCAGUUCAAGCAGGAGCGUUCUCCAGUGUCUGGGUUAGUCAGUGAUUCCUGUGUCAUGUAUCCAUCUCCUGACCUGCCUCAAGUUCUGUAUUCUCUUGUUCUCACUUACAAGCAAGCCCGUAUGUGGUGGUUUCUGGGCUGCUACUUCUGCCUACCACUCCUCUUUACUAUGACUUCACUACUGGUGACGCUACGGAUUGUUGGAAAUAUAAAAAACGUAAAAAAUGACCAAUGUCAACGCCAGCAUAGUUGGAUAGUAGCAGGUCUAGCCAUUGUAUAUGGAGUCUGCAUUCUUCCUGAAAAUGUCACAAAUAUCUUGGUCACUUACACCAGCUUGGAUGUCUCUCAGGAUCUCCUGACACUUAUCACUCAGUUUUUCUUAUUUCUGAAGUGUGCAGUAACACCAGUCCUGCUCUUGUGCGUCUCCAAAGCACUGGGCCAGGCUUUCCUGGAUUGCUGCUGCUGUUGCUGUGAUGAUGAUACUAAUCCAGGCAGUGUUCGUAAUGUGGAUGAGAUAAAUGCAACAUUGGAUCAGCUUACUCCUCCUUACAGCACGAGCGAUUCUGAACAACAUCUGGGAACACCAUGUUAAUGAAGAGAAGGACCAGAGAUUGUGAUAAAAGGUGGCCGAAUAGUACCCACACUUUGGGCAUCUUCCCGUCUCUUCUUGGACAAAAUGACUUCUCUGGCUCUGGGACACAUAUGCUUUAUACAGUGUCUUUACGUGUACUUCCUGGAGGGUUGAAGAUUGAACAACACGAAGUGUCUGUGUAUAAUAUUUGAAUAUUGUAUGACUAUCCUGUAAUAAAGGUAUAUCUCUA